AUGGACUUAAAUAGGGAGGAGUUACCUCUUUUCAUUCUUGCCAACUGGAGGGGCUUUUCCGGCGGACAGAGGGAUCUCUUUGAAGGUAUCCUUCAGGCAGGAUCAACCAUUGUCGAGAACCUUAGAACGUACAAACAGCCUGUUUUUGUUUACAUCCCUAUGAUGGGUGAACUCCGUGGUGGGGCAUGGGUGGUUGUGGAUAGUAAGAUCAAUUCAGACCACAUUGAAAUGUAUGCAGAACAGACAGCCAGGGGAAAUGUCCUUGAGCCAGAAGGUAUGAUUGAAAUUAAAUUCAGAACGAAAGAACUACUGGAGUGCAUGGGUAGGCUUGACCAGCAGCUUAUAAAUCUCAAGUUAAAGCUUCAGGAAGCCAGGACCGCUGGAGUGUACACUAAUGUUGAGACCUUACAGCAGCAAAUUAAAACCCGUGAGACGCAGCUUUUGCCAGUAUACACACAGAUAGCUACAAAGUUUGCAGAAUUGCAUGAUACUUCAUUAAGAAUGGCCGCGAAGGGGGUGAUCCGAGAAGUAGUAAAUUGGGAAACUUCUCGUUCAUUCUUUUACAGACGUCUGCUUCGAAGAGUGGAGGAGGAGAUGUUGGUCAAAACUGUGAGGAAUGCUGCAGGUGACCAGCUUUCUUACAAAUCCGCUAUGGAUAUGGUGAAAAACUGGUUUUUGGAUUCAAAAGGAGGCAAAGUAGAUUCUUGGAUAGAUGAUGAAGCCUUUUUCUCAUGGAAGAAUGACCCCAAGAACUAUGAGGAACAAUUACAACAGUUGCGGGUGCAAAAGGUACUACUUCAGUUAUCAAAGAUUGGCGAUUCGACAUUGGAUUUACGUGCUCUACCACAAGGUCUUCUUUCCCUCCUACAGAAGGUUGAGCCAGCAACGAGAGAGCAAUUGAUCAGUGAUCUAAAAAAGGUGCUUAAUUGAUGAAGCAGCUUGUAACUAACUUGCCAGCAAAUUGUUGUCUCCCAUUUCUUCUAGGACAGUUUCCUGCCGACCAGUGCAUCUGUGCCUGUUAGGAAAAGCAGCGCAGUUAGCACUCAACCUGUACUAUGAUGAUGCUUCUCUCUUCAAAAUCUGUUAUAUAUUGGACAAGCUGGGCAGACAACUGGUUUAAAUUUGUCCCGACGAGGUGUAAAUAGUAGCAUCUUGAGAGUAUAGGGUGUAGUCUUCAUUUGUUUGAGCAGAAAUAUUCUUUACAUAGCAGGCUCCUUUAUUGAAAUUACUGCAGGCCUGACCACUCUUUUUGUAUACUUGCAUUGUUAUCUUAGUCUGUCUAACAAUUGGUUAGCCUUGGUAUUUAUUGAAUGUCCAAAUAAAAUAUGAGCUGUAACUCAUGCUCCUAUAUACGUAGUUGCUAUUCAGUACAAGAGUUGAAAAUCUUCUUCAUCUCUUUCCACUA